AUGUCUAUCGUUAUUCCCGGAGACCAAUUUACACUGGAGACAGGAUCCGAAGUAGUUCUGGGGCCCAACCUGCAGACUAGCGGCAGCACUGCAAGCCCAACGACGGCAGGGUAUCUUGUGCAAACCCAAGCGGGCUCGUCCUCGCUAGCUUAUGUGGAGGCUGACUCAAAAAGGUAUAUGCCUGCUGCGCAGGAUUUCGUUGUUGGCACCAUUGUGGGCUCUUUCGGGGAAUUUUAUAGGGUCUCGCUCACAAACUUCUCAACUCCAGCAGUGCUGGGCUUUUAUGCGUUCCCAAAUGCAAGUAAGAAAAAUAGACCAAGACUGAAAACCGGAGACCUUGUUUACGCUCGCGUGGCGUCUGUCGACCCCGACCUUGACGUGGAGCUGGAGUGUUUUGACGCAACCACCGGCAAAGAGGGCGGAUUUGGCCAUCUCGAAGGAGGGUUUUUGUUUGAAGUGCGGUUGGCUUAUGCCAGAUACUUACUACGACACCAGGACGCUCCAACACCCUACAAAACACCAUCGAAUGUAUGA